ACAAGCUCAAACUAUUCAAUAAAAUAAUCAUUCUCCCCUAUCCCCAUUAUAUUCAAUUCCAUAUAAUCUACCUUUUAAUUCAUUUUGUUACAAUCCUAGCCGGCAGGCAUGAAGAUUUUGGCGGCUCUCCUCCUAUGCAUGGCGGCGGCGGCCGCCGACGGGUACAUGCUUUACAAGGAUCCCAGAAGAAAUACAGAGUCUCGGGUCAGAGAUUUGCUGCGGCGGAUGACGGUGGAGGAGAAGGUGGGGCAAAUGACGCAGGUUGACCGGGGGAACGUUACGGAGGAGAUUAUGAGGGACUACUCCAUCGGGAGCGUGCUGAGCGGCGGCGGAAGCGUGCCGAGGGAAAAGGCCACGGCGGCGGAAUGGGUGGAGAUGGUGAACCGGUUUCAGAACGGUUCGCUGUCGAGCCGGCUCGGCAUUCCGAUGAUAUAUGGGAUAGACGCUAUCCAUGGGAACAACAAUGCCUACAAGUCUACUAUUUUCCCUCACAAUGUUGGGCUUGGUGCUACAAGGGAUCCUCAACUAGUGAAGAGAAUUGGUGCUGCGACUGCUCUUGAGACUAGGGCCACUGGCAUAAAUUAUGCCUUUGCUCCAUGUAUCGCGGUGUGUAGAGAUCCAAGAUGGGGAAGGUGUUACGAGAGCUACAGUGAAGAUCCGAAAGUCGUGAAAGAAAUGACUGAAGUUAUAUUGGGCUUACAAGGGGACAUUCCCGAGGGUUACCCGAAAGGCUACCCUUAUGUUGGUGGCAAGAACAAAGUGGCGGCUAGUGCAAAGCAUUUUGUGGGAGAUGGCGGGACAUUGUUCGGGAAAGACGAAAGCAACACAGUGAUAGACUGGGAGGGGCUGUUAAGCAUUCAUAUGCCUGCUUACUAUCCUUCCAUCCUCAAAGGCGUCUCCACCAUCAUGGUUUCCUACUCUAGCUGGAAUGGCCAGAAGAUGCAUUCUAAUCGCGCUCUCAUUACAAAUUUCCUUAAAGGAACUCUCAAUUUCAAGGGUUUUGUGAUUUCAGAUUCCGAAGGGAUAGAUAGAAUUACAGUUCCACCGCAUUCAAACUAUACUUACUCAGUUUUAGCUGGUGUUCAAGCUGGUUUAGACAUGAUUAUGGUCCCAUACAAUUAUUCUGAAUUCAUAGACACCCUAACCUACUUGGUGAAGAACAAAUUCAUCCCGAUGGACCGGAUUGAUGACGCCGUAACCAGGAUAUUGCGUGUUAAAUUUAUAAUGGGCUUAUUUGAGAAUCCGUGGGCUGAUCUUAGCAUAUCUAAUCACCUAGGAAGUCAGAAUCAUAGAGGGUUGGCAAGAGAAGCAGUGAGGAAAUCACUUGUUUUGUUGAAGAAUGGUGGUGGUGGUGAUGGUGAGCCUUUACUGCCUCUCCCAAAGAAGGCAACAAGAAUCUUAGUGGCUGGAACUCAUGCUGACAAUAUAGGCUACCAAUGUGGUGGAUGGACUAUCACUUGGCAAGGCCUUGGUGGCAACAUCACUGAUGGGACCACCAUAUUGCAAGCGAUCUCAAGUACCGUCGAUCCAACCACAGAAGUAGUGUACAACAAAAAUCCUGAUACCGAAUUCAUGAGAUCCAAUGAGUUCUCCUACGCCAUUGUGGUUGUGGGGGAAUAUCCCUAUGCUGAAUAUGAAGGGGACAGCAUGAACUUGACCAUACCUGAACCAGGUCCUGCCACCAUAACAACCGUAUGUGGAAGCAUCAAGUGCGUGGUGGUGCUCAUCUCUGGCCGACCGCUAGUGGUGGAACCCUAUCUCCCGAAGAUUGAUGCUUUGGUGGCUGCAUGGCUCCCCGGAAGCGAAGGGCAAGGAGUGAGUGAUGUCUUGUUUGGGGACUACAAGUUUAGCGGGAAGCUACCCAGGACCUGGUUCAAGAGGGUUGAUCAACUCCCAAUGAACAUUGGUGAUUCACAUUAUGAUCCACUGUUUCCGUUUGGCUUUGGACUUACUACAAAACAGCCCAUUGCAGAUUCAUAAGCCCAUGAUAUUAAGUCCAGUUAUAUACAUGAAGGAAUUCAUACAAAGUUUAUCUAGCUUAGAUAUGAAAAAAAUUGUUUCGUGGAUCAGAUCGAUAUUUUUUUCGAGAUGUUCCGAAUAUAGUGGAGGAAUGAAUAAAGGGUUAGCAUUACAGCUAGCUUACCAAAUCAGAUGUAUAUAAUUUAAUAGGACUGAAAAACAUAAUCAAUCAAGGAAAA